AUGUCAAACACAACUGCAGCUGAAACCUAUCUAGUUGGAAGUAUUAAUAACAAGGAAUUUUUAUCGAGAGGAUUUAUUGCAACAAGUUUUCAACAAAUUGGACAACCUGCAUCUUCUGCUUCAUCGGUGGCUGAUUUAGGAAUUGAUCUUCAAAAUGAUGAUGAAAUGAUUGCAUUUGUAUUUAAUUCUAAAAUAUCGGGAGGAAGUGAUUCUACAUUUAUGGAGUAUAUAAGUGAUAUUCCAUUCGACCAAUUGGAAGAACAAAUUCAAUCACAAAAUGAUAACAGUAAUGGCUCUUCAAUAAUUGACCCUAAUGCUAUAAUACCCUUGCUGAGAGAAGCUAGUUCUCUUAUACGAGUAAUUGAUGGAAAAGAUCCAACCCCAAAUAGAUUAUUGGAUGAACCAAUUGAUUUUAAAAGAGAUGGGCAGAGUAGAGAUGCCUUCACAUUACAAGAAGGUCCAUUUAUUCCUACUCCUAUCAUUCAACCUUUGCUUGUUUUGAAACAAUCAACAAUUGUACAACCACCACCAAUUCCACCUCAAUAUAAUAAUGCAAAUAUUCCAACAUCAAUUUCCUCUCAACAAUUACAAAAUCAAAUCAAUCCUACACAAGUACAAUCUCACACCAGAAUGGAUUCAAUUAAGAAAGAAAAUCCAAACAUGGAAAAUAAUGUACCAUAUCCAUCUACACCUCAAGAAGCUGAGAGGAUUAUAGUAAGAACACCAAUUCAACCAGUUGUUUCAACACCAUUAUCAAGUUACUCUGCUCAGACACCUCAGUCUGUAGAGAGUUCAAUUGAUCAAUUUUCUGAAAAUGGAGAAGAUAGUGCAGAAAAGAAAAAGAGAAAAAAGGAGAAGAAAGAGAAGAAGGAAAAGAAAGAAAAAAAGAAGGAAAAGAAGGAUAAAAAAGAAAAGAAAGAAAAGAAGGAGAAGAAGGAAAAGAAGAAACGAAAGAAAGAUGAAGAAGGCAGUUCUUCUGUUAAAAUUACCAUUCCAAUUCCACAAAUUGAUCGUCAAUAA